CUUAAAAGCGGCGGCGGCUCCGGUGCAGCGCCCGCGGCGGCGCUCCCGGCACGGCCCGGGAUGGGCUCCGCGCACUCCGUGCCCGCCGAGAUGCGGGAGCUGGCGGACAGGACGGGCUUCACCUCGGAGCAGAUCGAGCACCUGCACCGGCGCUUCAAGCAGCUGAGCCAGGACCAGCUGACCAUCCGCAAGGAGAACUUUGACAGCAUCCCCGACCUGGAGUUCAACCCCAUCCGAGGGAAAAUCGUCCACGCCUUUUUUGACAAGCGGAACCUGCGGCAGGAGUCGGACGGGCUGGCGGAGGAGAUCAACUUCGAGGACUUCCUGACCAUCAUGUCCUACUUCAGACCCAUCGAGAUGAACAUGGACGAGGAGCAGCUCGACCGCUUCCGCAAGGAGAAGCUGAAAUUCCUGUUCCACAUGUACGACUCGGACCACGACGGGAAGAUCACGCUGCAGGAGUACAGAAAUGUGGUGGAGGAGCUGCUGUCGGGGAACCCCCACCUGGAGAAGGAGUCGGCUCGGUCCAUCGCCGACGGGGCCAUGAUGGAGGCAGCCAGCAUCUGUGUGGGACAAAUGGGCCCGGACCAGGUGUACGAGGGCAUCACCUUCGAGGACUUCCUGAAGAUGUGGCAGGGCAUCGACAUCGAGACCAAGAUGCACGUCCGCUUCCUCAAUGUGGACACCAUCGCCCACUGCUACUGAGAGGGGAGCAGGAGGAGGAGGAAGAAGAG